AUCAACACAGACAAGCACCGAUCAGCUUGCAGCUCCGUUCCUUCACCACCACAAAAUCCGCACUCCACUGUUGUCAAUCUUCAAGCAUCAGAGUUCAGGCAGGCCAGUCAGCGCAUCGUCUCCUCCAACGCGGCGAGAAGAACAGAGUUAGAGAGAUCAUGGAAGGUGCGGCGAAGGCGUCGUGGAUGGUGGCGAUGAGCGUGGGCGGCGUGGAGGCGCUCAAAGACCAGGCCGGGCUCUGCCGCUGGAACUACGCGCUCAGGUCCAUCCACCGGGCAGCCAAGGCCAGGGCCAACGUUCGCGGCGGCGUCUUGCAGGGCGCAAAGCAGCUUCCGGCUUCGGCAGCGGUGGCGGAAAGGCGGCGAGGGGAUAAGGCCGAGGAAGGGCUGAGGACGGUGAUGUACCUCAGCUGCUGGGGUCCCAAUUAGUACUAGCUACAAAGAGGUGUUUUCUCCUAGCUCCAGGCUCCAGCCUCUGUUUAGCAACAACUUGGCUGGUUAAUUCCCUGCCGAUUGUAAAUACGUAUCACGAUGAUGAUGAUGAUGAAACCUUUCCCCACUUCGAGUUCA